AGGACGGGCCGAGGCGGAGCGGAGCGGGGCGAUGCGCGGGGGCCCGGCAGCGGGCGGGGCGUGCGGGCACCUAAGGGGCAGCUCCCCCGCGCCGGCUUGCAGCUGACGCCAUGGACCGCGGUCCCCCCAGCCCGGCCUCCCCUCCGCGGGGGAUGAACCCCGUCCGGCGGCCCCUCGGUCCCGGCAGCGGGGGCUUGGACGUGCUGCGCUGCCCGUGCUGCCUCCUGCUCCUCAGGGAGCCGGUGACCGUCUCCUGCGGCCACUCGUUCUGCAAGCCGUGCCUCGCGGGGGCCGUGCCCUCCCGCUGCCCGCUGUGCCAGGACGGGCUGAAGCUGCUGGGCGUCGGGGGGCUGAGGUGCAACGUGGUGCUCUGCGGGCUCCUGGAGAAGUGCGUGGAGCCGGAGAGCCGGGUGGCCUGGCUGGUGACACGCGUCCGGGAGUGUGUCGCACGCGGCGCCGCGAGGGAAGCGCUGAGGAUGGCUCAGAAAGGGGUCGAGCUGGCCCCGGACUCAAGCUCCCUGCGGCUGUGCCGGGCAGAGGCGUUGGCAGCGCUGGGGCAGCACCGGCGGGCCCUGGAGGACCUGGAUGCUGUGUGCAGGGCUGAGCCUGCAGAGCAUGAGGGCUUCUUCAUGAAAGGGAAGGUGCUUCUGGAGAUGGGACAGAGAGCUGAAGCCCUGUUGGCGUGGGAGCACUGCCUGACCCUCAGUCCUCAUUUCCACCCUGCUCGGAGAGAGAUGGAGAAGAUCCUCAUGGGAGAGGAUGCUCCUCAGCCAUACAAGGCUGCUACGCACCUGGGAGAUGCUCACUGGGGCCUGACUGGUCCCCAGGUCAGUGGAGGGAGCACUAGACUCCCAUCAGCUUCCACACAAGCUCAGGAUGAGGAGGGAAAGCCAGCAGAUGGCGGAGGGGAUGCUGGGUCUGAGCUCAUCCAGGGGACCCUUUCCCAGCUGGGGCAGCAGCAGGAGCUGGAGACUGCAGCAGAGAGGGUGGUAGAUAACAAAGAGGAAACAGCAGGAGCAAAGUGCACCCAGCCACGCCUCGGGGAGCUGCUGAGCAUAUCUGACUUGGAGUGCUCCCUCUGCAUACGGAUGUUCUUCGAGCCGGUGACGACGCCGUGCGGACACACCUUCUGCAAGGAGUGCCUCGAGCGCUGCCUGGACCACCGGCCCAGCUGCCCCCUCUGCAAACAGAGCCUGAGAGAGUACUUGAAGGCUGGAAGCUACAGCCCCACCGUGCUGCUGCAGGACAUCAUGGUGGCCACCUUCCCUGCACAGCUGGCUGAGCGCCGGGAGCUGCACCGGGCUGAGAUGGCAGAGCUCUCCAACCUGACCAAGAACAUCCCCAUCUUCGUAUGCACAAUGUCCUUCCCAGGCGUCGCCUGCCCUUUGCACGUCUUCGAGCCUCGCUACCGCCUCAUGAUCCGGCGCUGCCAGGAGACCGGCACCAGGAGCUUUGGCAUGUGCAUAUACGAGAGUGGGAAGAGCUUUGCUGACUACGGCUGCGUGCUGGAGAUCCGUCGGAUCGAGCUGCUGCCGGAUGGCAGGUCCCUGGUAGACACCAUCGGCCGGCGGCGGUUCCGGGUGCUGAGCCGUGGACACAGGGACGGCUACAACACCGCCGACAUUGAGUACCUGGAAGACAAAAAGGUGGCUGGAGAGGAGCUGCAGGAGCUGCAGUGCCUGCAUGAAAGCACCUACCGCCUGGCUCAGCGGUUCUGUGAGCACGGAGACCUUGCUUCCAGGCACAUCUUGGUGCAGCAUGGGCCCCUGCCAGAGAAGGAAGAGGAUAUCCAGACAGAUGAGUGGGCUGUGCAGCAGUUUCUGUUGAGACCAUCCAGCCUCGUGGAGAAGCGUCACCAAACUUUGAGAGGAACUUCAACACAAAGUAAGGAGAAAGGUGCAUUUUCCUCCCUAGAGAAAACAGAAACUUGGGGAAGAGAAAGAAAGAAUAAAGAAAAUUCCAAAGUGCUGCCCACCCAAGAUGACUCCUUGAGGACAAUGGUUGCAGCAACAGCUCAGGCAAUGGGGCUAGGCAGGUGCUGAGGAGGCUGCACCGGAGCUGGGGGGGAUGAAGAGCCCCAGGGAACCUGUGUUUCAGGCACACGACCAGAGUGUAAGGCACUUGAUUCCCUCUCUUCUACCCUAUGGCUCAUUUAUGAAACCAUAGAGGGUUCGAAACUUCCUGUCACUUCUCUGCAGAUCCCUCUACCUCUCCUGCUGCCCUGAGCCAUCCUCAGUCCAGUAGAUUCAUUACUGGCUUAGUGUUUGUGUUCCUAGUAAGACAAAAAUCAUCCCUCAUGCCUCAACAGGAGUAGAUUCCUGUGGGAAACCUUGUUGGCAUUGCUGUGUAGAACAGCCCUACAUGAUCCUCACCUCCUCCCACUGUACUGGGCACUACUGGGAGGGCAGAAGGACGGCAGUCUCUUCCUUGGUCGGAAACACAGGGUGGGCAGGGGUGCCAGGGACAAGCAUUGGCUGGCAAUGUGUUCUGUGCAAGUGAACCUCUUCACCUGCCCGUUGCCUGUGCCCAGAUGAUGUAUGGAGUGGUUGGGCUGCAAUAGGAUUUCUACCCACAAUAUUGGCUGGAUGAUAAAGGAGUCUGUCUGCGGUGAUAAUUGCACCAUAAAUAGCGCUGGGUUCGGCAGUGACGAGUGAGCCAUUAGAAACCCUCACCCUCCGAAUUCCUCCCACUUCCUUCCAUCUUCCUGACUGCUAACAAGCUGGAAGAAUAGCUCUUUGGUUUUUACCAGCCACAAGAGGUUUAUUGCACUCAGAUGCAGCUGGGCACCUUCCUCCCCAUAAAUCUUAACAGUGAAAAAGGAAAGAGGAGGGAAAAAAUUCAGUUCAAUUGGGUGAUUACUGAAAAGCAGCAGGUGGGGCUGUAUCAUGGUGUGGCUGUCCCUCUUGGUUCUCUCUGCUGCAAGGAUAGUGCCACCCAGCUCCAUCCUCCAGACUUCCUCUGGCUCUUUUGGGCACUCUCAGGUGCCUGGGGAUAACCAUCCACUUUGGUCCACUGAUGGAAACUGAAAACCUGCCAGCUAACCCCAAACACUGAAAUAUGAGCUGCCCAAACUGGAGAGUGCUGUAAAAGUCAAGGCUGGAAAGAAAUAAAAUCAAUAUGAGUAGAUUGGAAGCCCUUUCUGGCUUCUUGCUUUUUGAAUCUGCAGAAGGCAUGUGAGCACUUGUCUUUUCUUCCUGAGAAAAAGCUGGGAAAUGGAGAUACUCUAAAGUGCCCUUGAACUCCAAAAGACACCUCAAAAACAGGUGCUUUAGCCUUAAAGCCUCUUACGUUAGGAUUUCUCACUCAUAUAAAACUCAAGUGCCCCUGAGCUCCGUCCUCUGGGCAGGUUUGCUCCCUGGUUAUGGCCAGCCACCAGGUACUUUGGGGAGCAUGAUGUAAAUGGAAAAAGUAUCCAGGACUGAAUGGAGGCAUCUCCUCAUGGACUUUUAUUAACAGGUCAGCAAAUUGCUGCUGCUGCUCUUCUUUUUCUUAUAUGCAGUGCCCUGUUUUGCCACAAACAACUGAAAGAUGGACACAAAUCCUCUUUGUGACCCUGGAAUGCUUGAAAGACCCUUGUCAAAGUAAAUUUUGAGGAACCAUAGACUCAUAGAAUGGUGAGGGUUGGAAGAGACCUCUAAAGAUCUUCUAGCCCAAUCCCUUGCUAAAGGAGGGUCACCUAGAUCAGGUCACACAGGAACGUGUCAAGGUGGAUUUGGAAACCUCCAGAGAAGGAGACUCCACACCCUCCCUGGGCAGCCUGGGCCAGGGCUCCCUCACCUGCAUAGCAAAGAAGUUUUUCCUUGUGUUUAAGUGAAACUUUUUGUCUUCCAGCUUAUCUCUCCUAGCCCUGUCACUGGAGACAGCAGAAAAAGUGUUGCCUCAUCAGAAACAGUGUUGCCCCAUCCUCCUGACAUCCACCCUUUAGAUACUUAUAAGUGUUAAUGGGGUCCUCCCUUAGUCUUCUCUAGGCUCAGAUGGCAUGGUGUACCCCAGAUGCUGGGAAAAUCCCGUUCUUGGUUCCUAGGUCCCAGCUCAGACCAAGAGGUGAUAACAUCCCAUGGCAGACAGCCCCAAGCAGAGGGAAAUGCCUGACUACUGACAGAACUACUCAGUUGUGUUCCCAAAGGGCUGGAAAACUUAUGUCUAUCAGAGAAAUGGGAUUUAGCCUGUCUGUCCCCCUUUGUGUCUGCCUCUGGGAAAUGGCUUAAGUUGUUCUUAUGCCUCUGGCCAGGCUUUAACUCACGGUCUCAGCCCCUUCACCGUGCCCCUGGCUGCACUCUCUGCUGCACAGCAACGUUGUGGCUGGUGGGGCUGGAGUGUGUGGCCACAGCAUGGGAUGCAGAUAGGGUCAUUAGGCUGGUGCCAACUCCUGGCUGCAGCUGGUGUGUGCUGUCAGAGCUCUUUAGCAGUGGGUUGGGAAGCUGGGCUGGCAGAGCAGCCUCUGCUGACAGGCACCUCGGGCGCUGCUGGCAGGACGCGGUUCCCCGCUCUGCCGCUUCCAGGCUCCUUUGGAGCACAGACCCGAGGGGAUCCCUCAGGGAUCAGUUAGUGGGCUGCCUGCAUGACCACUCCUGACAUCACUCUGACUCACUGACAUCACUAUUGCUUUUCUAGGAACAUGAAUAGAUAUAUAUUUUUUUAGAGUUUUGAAGGAUCCAGGAAUAAAGGGGGAAAAAAUGAUUCUUCCUGGCUACUUUAUAAAGCUGCCACGAAUAACUGCAGUAGGAGGAAGGCAAGUUUUAUUCUGAGGUGGAAAAAGAGAUGUGUAAAAAGCAAUUUUAAAAGAUAUUGAAUAGCCUUGAGGGACAUCCAUCCCCAGUGCCCACGUUGCAGCAGGACCCUUCAGCAUGGAGGGAUGGGCAGUGCCCAGGGUCACACCGGCACGUAAGAAGGGCAGCUCUUUCCUUUCUGUGUGCAUUGCAAUGAAGGCUGCUAAGCAGGCACAAGCUUUUCAACUCCUGUACAAAUCCAUAAUCUCCUCCAAACCUUCCUCUUCUGCACACACAACAUAUCCAAAGGCCAAAUACAGAGCAGGAUUUUUCUCCUUUUUUUUAAACCAUUUUGGAGUGUUUGAAGCAAAAGUAUUUACUCUGUUUAAGCUUUGGAUUUGCAAGUUUAAAGCUUUCACAGUUCCAGGUGCACCCAAAAAGAUAAGGGAGCUAGAAGGUGCACUUCUGUAUUUAAAAAUAAAUAAAUAAGGCUGAGAUUAAUUCAGAGCUACUUCUUAAUACUCGGCAUUUCUCCAUUGUCCACUACUAUUAUUACACUGACCUGGCCUAAGCUGACACGGGAUAGCACAAAGCCCUUCAAACUGCAAAAGCAAUGACCAGUCUUCGGCUCUGUCUUUGCCUCUCAUUUUUCUUUUUCCUCUCCACGUCCCUGUAGCUGUUGGCAGAAUUGAGGGCAGCGAUUUUGCAGCCUCGUGGGCGGGAGGUCCCUGUUAAUGAACACCACAAAGGAGGAAAGGGUGGGUGGGCAGCGUGGGAGGGAGGCAGUUUAGGAAGAUAUAACAACCGCUUGAAAAUGCCAGAGAUCCUGAAAGCUUCAGACCAGGGAGGGAAUGACAGGGCAAAGCUGCACUGGCUGCUGCAACGGGGCUCCUCCUCUGCGGAUGCCAAAAGCUGUGGCACAGCCAGCAUGGCACAGGAUAUGCUGAGCAUCACAUCCCCUUUGCAGACUGUUACUGGGAUUCCUGGCAGGAGCUGAAGAACCCGACUUCAUAAACCACAUCCCAACAUGUACUUGGCUGGACACAGGGGAUGAAAACAACCAGAUGAGGCUUUUAAAAUGUAAUGAGACUGAAGAAACAGCCUGGGAGUCGAGUUAUCUGUGCUGUGCAUGACUCAGUGGAAAGAGGCAAGUCAAGGCUUUGUGGAAGAAGCUUUGACAGGGGGGCUGAGCCCAAGAAGAGAUUUAUCAAGUACCAAGAGCUGCCCAGACAUGGCUAUUCUUGGCUAUUCUGAUGGGAGGGAGAUUACUACUUGCAGUUCUUCAAAAUGAGCUUUGAGGCCAUUAAACAGCCUGUAGCAACAGUGGCUCAGCUUCAUUCAGCAAGCUUGGCACAGGGGUGGAUUUCUGUGAGGAAAAGUGCUCUGGGCCUGGAGCAGCAAGACAUCCUGGUGGGAACCGCGCUGGCCCCCACUCAGUGACAAACUGGGUCUCCUGAGCUCUGUGCCCUGCUUCUGCCCACUCUUUCCCUGAAAGCAGGUUCACUUCUGCCAGUUGAAUCAGCAGCUCUUCCUGCUGGUGAUGGAAGUCCUGUCCAAGGGAGGGCGGCGGGGCAGGGAGCUGGCACACAGCAUCGUGCCGCUGGCAUCCCACAUCAUUGGUGAGGGCACGUGGCUGGUGCACCCACAAGUCUGCUCUUGGGUGGCUACAGCAACUGCACCUAAUUCUUGGCACCCUCCCCCCACCCCCAAAACAGGCCCACAUAACAUUUCUACAGUUGCAACAAAUGAAAUCUGUGGUUUGGACCUGAAGUAACCUGUCAAUGUCGGUCUGCCUGGGGGAAUUAAAGCUUCAUGGAAACGAUGGUGGGAUUUAGGCCAGGUCAGGAAAAACAUACAGACUGAAAGUUAUCAGCUUCCUUGUCUUUGCUUUUGAAAGUAAUUCGCUGCAUUUUAUUUUGUCAGCUUCCUCCCUCUCAAAAGCUCAAUACCAACCACAGCAGUGGGUACUGCUGAGCUCUGGCUCUCGGGCAAAUCCUCUCGCCUCCAGGGAGGUGGAAACUAAUCAAUGAGGAAUAUGAAACAACAUGAGAGCUGCAAUGAUUUCACAUUUCCCACAAAGGUCAGAGUCCCCUGGCAGCUCCCCGAUAACACUGAGCUGAAGGUGGCACGGGGAGAUGACAUAUCUCAGAGAUAAGCUCUCAUUCCUCUGUUUUCUGCAGGACAUGUUUUCUUAUGUGAUGGAAAAUAUCCUGCUGUUGAGCAGGCUCGGGCUGGCCAGGCUUCUGGGCUUGUGCUAGACUAAGCUCCCUAGGUGCUGGUGAGGAGCCUGCUCUGUCUGAGCCCUGGGUUUGAGGUGUGGGUUUGAGUAGGUAUAGAGUCCCACUGCAGUGCACUCCUGCCUCAUUAACUUUGCUCGAUCUGAAAGUCUCCAGAGUUUUGCUGGGAACAGAGUAAUGAAUCCAGGUCACCUCAGGGGUGCUCAGCAGAGCUGGCCACUGAGAUUUGGGAUUGAAAUCAACCAAGUAUAAUUCAUCUGUCCAACAGCUGCCAGUUUCAGCUUCUUGAGAUUGGGGGUUUAACCCAGAUUCGGCCCUGGGUCCAAGUCUUGAUUUGUCUUUUGGAAAGACUCUUUCCAAAGAUAACUGAUGUUGGGGUUCAAGGAGGGCUCUCACGACUCACUGUUUGAGGGAAGGUGCACGAUGCAGGCUAGCCCAUAGGAGCAGCUGUGGCUAUUGACAUAGGAAAGUUGGUUUUCUCUGAACAGGUCCUUCUAUUUGUCUGGCAGCCAUGAGAAUUUUAAAUAAUCCCCAGGUAGAGAUUAAAUUUCUGCCUUGGCACUUAUUUUUCUGAGUGAUCUGAGCAAGUGAUUUCUCUGAGUGCAGGAUUUCUGCCUCUGUUAUAAGAAGGACAACACACAGUUUUCAUUCCUACAGCUGUUAAUAUGCAGUGACUGAUAAUGCUUAAGCACCACAGUCAGCUGAGAGACUUCCCUGAGACCAGUAAUCAGUUGAUCCUUGUUUCCAUUCCGACAGCAAACCUGGUUAAAGUCUAACUCUCUUAUUUUGAGCGUUACUGGCAGGGCUGAAAAGAUGCAGACACAAUAGUUCAAUCCAGCCAGACUGCUCAGGAUUCUUUUGCAUUUACGUUCGAGUAAGGGUUUGCAAGAAACCACAGCAAUUAGCAUCAGGGAGUGAAAGAGAGGAGCGGGAAGGACCUUGAAUGGUGCCAAACCACAGCAAGGCACAGCCCACUGGAUGGAAACCUGUGGAGCCAGGACAUUUUGGAGAUUGCUGUGAGCCAUUGCAUUUUGCAUUUCAAUUCUUUUUCUCAAGUGCAUAGUUAACUGAUGGCAGUUGGUCCCCAUCAAAUUUCUCCACAAGCAGUUUAUUGUUAGAAAGGGUGGAAAUCAGCAGGUGCUAAUUCCAUCACAAAGCUCCUCCUUUCCCAUCCCAAAUCCUCCCAUCUUCUGCAGUUGCUCCUCUUAAUAAGAUUUUGUGUAUUGCUGUUGCACCUGAUUGCACACCACGGUUUUGAUUUUAAUGUGCAAAGUUGAAUGUAAACGGGACUAAAAAAAGAAUCUUAGUAAUUAUGAAACACUUGAGAGCGUUCUCCCUCCCCAAAUUUGUUUGCAGACUCUUCAUUCUGCCUGUCUUACACAUCCAGCUAUUGCAGUCAUUUCUUCAGGGUAGUUUGACUCAUUCCAUAUAUUUCAGACAAAAAAAAAGGUUCAUUAAUUCCUAUGAUUAAAGAGUCAGGACAAAAUAA